CUGCUGCUGGAGAGAGGCAUGUUCUCGUCACCUGCACCGCCCUCAGGUCUGCUAGAGGCGGUCUUCCAGUACAUCGAUCAGCACCAGGAUGAGUUUGUACAGGUGGACGUGUCUUUUCCUGAUGGGCAGAAUCUUCAAAUUCCUCCCGUCAUCCUGGCUGAGCUGGGGAACGACCCAAAGAAGCCCACUGUGUGCUUUUAUGGCCACUUGGAUGUGCAGCCAGCCAACAAGGAGGAUGGGUGGCUCUCAGACCCAUACACCCUGACAGAGGCCGAUGGAAAGCUUUACGGACGGGGAGCAACAGACAACAAAGGCCCUGUUCUCGCGUGGGUCAACGCUGUGGGCACUUUUGGAGCCCUGGAGCAGGUUGGUAGCCCGCGGUGUUUGGGCGAGAGGGUGACGGGGGUGGUGAUGAGGGUGAAGUGCAGGGACCAGGAUUUCCACUCGGGGACCUUCGGGGGGAUUCUCCACGAGCCGAUGGCGGAUUUGGUGGCUCUUCUAGGUAGUCUUGUCGAUUCCUCUGGCCACAUUCUGAUUCCAGGAAUCUAUGACAACGUGGCUCCACUCACAGAAGAGGAGAAGAGAAUGUAUGAGGUCAUUGACCUGGACCUCAGUGAGUACCGGAACAGCACUCAGGUUGAGAAGUUUCUGUUUGACACCAAGGAGGGGAUUCUGCUGCACCUGUGGAGGUACCCAUCGCUUUCCAUUCAUGGGAUUGAAGGUGCAUUCGAUGAGCCUGGAACCAAAACGGUCAUACCUGGCCGCGUCAUCGGCAAGUUCUCCAUCCGUCUGGUCCCUCACAUGAAUGUGUCCGUAGUGGAGAGACAGGUGAAGCAGCACCUUGAAGAGACCUUCUCCAGACGAAACAGCUCCAAUCACAUGGCUGUUUCCAUGGUGCUGGGGAUGCACCCGUGGGUCGCGGACAUCAAUGAUAAGCAGUAUGUGGCGGCAAAGAGAGCAAUGCAGACAGUGUUUGGAACAGAACCAGAUAUGAUCCGUGAUGGGUCCACCAUUCCAGUUGCCAGACUCUUCCAGGAUAUCAUUCAGAAGAGUGUGAUGAUGCUCCCCUUGGGAGCCGUUGAUGACGGGGAACACUCACAGAAUGAGAAAAUCAACAGGUGGAACUACAUAGAGGGAUCCAAAUUGUUUGCUGCCUUUUUCAUAGAGAUGGCUAAACUGCAUUAG